AUGAAGCUUCUGUUCAGCCUUCUUUUCCUUCUACUUUCCUACAUUCCUUUCGGUUUCACGGAGACGACAGACUUAGAGUCGGCGCUCACGCUACUUCCCGCUUGCGCGCUUCCAUGUGCUGCUGCUGCACUCAAAGAGUCGCCGUGUCCGCCGAACGAUCGAGCAUGCGUCUGUGCCAACCUCCUGGCAAACUCUCGCCAUGGCGUCGAAACGUGCAUACUUCAGCGAUGCACGAUGAAGGAAGGACUGACGACUAAGAAUCUCACUAUGACGAUGUGCAACGCUCCUAUACGAGACAGAGGCCCUGUCUUUCGGACAGUCAACGCCACGCUUGGGGUUCUAUCAGCCGUCUGCGUAGUCCUUCGGAUCGGUUACAAGCUCUUUUUGACUGUUUACCCUCUUUCCUGGGACGAUUACUUCAUCGUGUUGGCCUUGAUAAGCGGUGUCCCUGGAACUAUCAUCAAUGACCGCGGUGUACUGAAAAAUGGACUGGGGAGAGACAUCUGGACCCUGGAGUUUCAGCAAAUCACGGACUUCAUCAAGUGGUUCUACGCUUUGGAGGUCGACUAUUUCGUUAACAUCGUCAUGCUGAAAGCAUCCUUGCUUUUCUUCUACUAUCAUAUCUUCCCAGGAGCUCGAGUUAGAAGACUCACCAUUGUGACGAUGGUCGUCAACGCCAUGUACGGGAUCGCUUUCGUUGUCACCGCUAUCUUCCAGUGUUCGCCGAUAAGUUAUUACUGGCAUCGCUGGGACGGUGAGCAUGAGGGCACCUGCAUCAACAUCAACGCGCUUGCCUGGGCGAAUGCCGCCGUCAGUAUCGCACUAGACUUCUGGAUGUUGGCAAUCCCACUGUUUCAAGUUGCUCACCUUCAACUGGCUUGGAAGAAAAAGGUUGGGGUGGCCAUGAUGUUCUGCGUCGGAACUUUCGUCACAAUCGUGUCCAUUCUGCGACUGCAAUAUCUCGUACACUUUGCGAAUUCGACAAACCCUACAUGGGAUCAAUUCGACGUCUGCAGCUGGUCAACCAUUGAAAUCAACGUCGGCAUCAUGUGCGCCUGCAUGCCUGCCAUUCGCGCUAUCCUCGUACGGUUAUUCCCAAAGGUACUGGGCAAUACACACAAAUCAUCCAACCAAUAUCUCUCGAAAUACGGGAGCGGUAACGCUCUAGGGAAUUCAAAAGGAGGAGGACUAAGCCAAGGGGGAGGAGGAGUAGGUGCGGACAGGAGCAUCAUCACUUACACCAAGACAUUUGAAGUUCAGCGCCACCAGUCGAAAGAUGGGGAUAACGACAACGACGAGGUGGGAUUGGUGUUGAUGGAUGAUCUGGGAACAAGGAAAGAGGGUCAGGUUAAGAGUGGGAAUUCAAGUGAAGUAAGUGUAUAG